GGGGCUUCGGCAAGCAAGGCUUCCAGUGUCAAGGACCCGAGGAGCAAGCACAAAUUUAAAAUCCACACGUACUCCAGCCCCACCUUCUGCGACCACUGCGGCUCGUUGCUGUACGGCCUCAUUCACCAAGGGAUGAAAUGCGACACCUGCAUGAUGAACGUGCACAAGCGCUGCGUGAUGAACGUGCCCAGUCUGUGCGGGACAGACCACACCGAGCGCAGGGGCCGGAUAUACAUCAAGGCCGACAUCGAGAAGGACGUCCUCACCGUCCUAGUAAAAGAGGCUAAAAACCUAGUUCCUAUGGACCCUAAUGGCUUAUCAGACCCCUAUGUGAAACUUAAACUAAUCCCUGACCCCAAAAGCGAAAGCAAACAGAAGACCAAAACCAUCAAGUGCUCCCUGAAUCCUGAGUGGAACGAGACCUUUAAAUUUCAGCUGAAAGAAUCGGACAAAGAUAGACGGCUGUCCGUGGAGAUUUGGGACUGGGACCUGACCAGCAGAAAUGACUUCAUGGGCUCUCUGUCCUUCGGGAUUUCUGAGCUGCAGAAAGCAGGCGUGGACGAAUGGUUUAAGCUGCUGAGCCAGGAGGAAGGGGAGUACUUCAACGUCCCGGUUCCUCCCGAGGGAGAAGAAGGAAAUGAGGAGCUCAGGCAGAAAUUUGAGAGAGCCAAGAUCGGCCCGGGGUCGAAAGCGGCAGACGAGAAGACGCAGAAUGCCAUUUCCAAAUUUGACAACAACGGAAGCAGAGAUCGGAUGAAGCUGUCGGAUUUCAAUUUCCUGAUGGUGCUGGGCAAAGGAAGCUUUGGCAAGGUCAUGCUCGCGGAGAGGAAGGGCACAGACGAGCUCUAUGCCGUUAAGAUCCUGAAGAAGGACGUCAUUAUACAGGACGACGACGUGGAGUGCACCAUGGUGGAGAAGCGCGUGCUAGCGCUGUCCGGGAAGCCUCCCUUCCUAACGCAGCUCCACUCCUGCUUUCAAACAAUGGAUCGCUUGUAUUUUGUGAUGGAGUACGUGAACGGCGGCGACUUGAUGUACCAGAUUCAGCAAGUCGGGAGGUUUAAAGAGCCGCACGCUGUAUUCUAUGCAGCUGAAAUUGCCAUUGGCCUCUUCUUCCUGCAAAGCAAAGGCAUCAUUUAUCGAGACCUAAAGCUCGACAACGUGAUGCUGGAUAGCGAAGGGCACAUAAAGAUCGCCGACUUCGGCAUGUGCAAGGAGAACAUCUGGGACGGGGUGACCACCAAGACGUUUUGUGGCACGCCUGACUACAUCGCCCCCGAGAUAAUUGCUUAUCAGCCCUAUGGAAAGUCGGUGGACUGGUGGGCAUUUGGCGUUCUGCUCUACGAGAUGCUAGCCGGCCAGGCUCCUUUUGAAGGCGAAGAUGAGGACGAGCUCUUCCAGUCCAUCAUGGAGCACAACGUAGCCUAUCCCAAAUCCAUGUCCAAAGAGGCUGUGGCGAUUUGCAAAGGGCUGAUGACCAAGCACCCUGCCAAGCGCCUGGGAUGCGGCCCCGAGGGGGAGCGGGACAUCAAGGAGCACGCCUUCUUCCGGUACAUCGACUGGGAGAAACUCGAGCGCAAGGAGAUCCAGCCUCCGUUCAAGCCCAAGGCUUGCGGACGCAAUGCUGAAAACUUCGACCGGUUUUUCACUCGCCAUCCACCCGUCCUCACACCACCCGACCAAGAAGUCAUCAGGAACAUUGACCAAUCAGAAUUCGAAGGAUUUUCCUUUGUUAACUCUGAGUUUUUAAAAGCUGAAGUCAAGAGCUAAGUAGCUGUGUAGACCUCAUUGCUGCAUCUCUCAUCCGGUCCCAACGGCUGUUGUGGUGACAUUCUCCAUGGCAAUAGUUGCAUCCAUGGUUUUUCUUUAGUACUGACACUAGAGUGACCAUAUUUCAAAGCCAGAGGUGUCUGCGCUCUCUUCCUGCCAGAGGUGCUGGGAGACGUACCGCAAUCACGGUUUUAAUCAAAUUUUACUUGUCGCUAACGGGAUGGGUUUAUUGGCUCAAGCGCUCCGAACACGGACCGGGAGAAAUCUCGAAGCCUUUGCCUCGGUUUCUGUUCUGUCUUUCUUUUUAUCCUCUAAUGCUCACGGAAAUAGCGUCGGCAGCUAUUUCGGUCCCUUUCCGGCCAGCCAGCGAUUUCACGAAACCUUUCCCCGGGACCCCCGUGCGCAGCGGUGACUUUUAUAGGCUUCUAAUUAAUCCUGCAGAUCCCCCAAGGAGGGAAAUAGUUUGUCGGGAGAUUAGAUACGGGGCUGCUCGCUCGCCACCUCGGGGCUUUACACCUGCUGCAAAACCUCCUGCUUCGUUCAGGCCUGAACUUACUGUUUUCCGCUCGGCCCCGGCCCUCCCCACCGGGUCUCUAAUAGCAUGAUGAAUUGCUGGAGAAACCAGGGUCGCCGCUUCCAGAGAUUUCUCCCGAUUGUGCCGUUUCCGGAGCAUUGUUUAAAAAACAAAUCAAAACACAACGGAUCCUAUUAGAAGAGGGGUGUUUGAAAGGACCCUUGAAAAACGCUUUCAAAUCCAUGGUCACCCUAGUAAUACCAGACAUGACAUUGUUUCUACAUUAUUUCAUAUCAAAAACUCUUUUUUUUCCUUUGGGGGUUUGGUUUUUUUUCCAAUGCCAAAGUAAUUAAUUCAGUUUGUUACAUGCGCUUUAAAUGUGUCAAAAAAACGGUAUUAACAAACCUGAGCUGAUAUUUAACAUUGAACAGUAUUGUGAAAUCUGAUAUGAAGCCUGUAAAGAAUUUUGUUUGAAGAAAUAUUCCUACUUAAACACAAAAUGCCGCUUGAUAUUUAAAUUGCCUAAGUUUGUUUCUGGCAUCAAAAAGAAAGAAAGCUUCAGGAAAAACGAGGUUCUCUUGGAAGAACGAAUCCUCUCCCUUUCUUUCGUACUCUCUGCCAGAUGUCUGUGGGCUGUCACUGUAUCAAUCAGCUGCGAGUUGUAAUGUGCCAAUUUUUUUUUCCAAUACUGAUUAUAAAAUAAAAAAUAAGUCACAA